UCCAUCUCCAUCAAUCCAUCCACUUCACUCACAUCAUCAUCAUCAAUCAGUUCAACAUCCAAGUUUAACAAGUUAGUUUGUCAACCAACAAAUUUUACUUACCUUGGAAGUUUAAUAACUUAUUUAUUCAAUCAUCAUCAAUCACUCCCAAUCAGUAUUAUUAAUUUCAUACCAACAUUACCAUCACCAUCUCCAGCCAGCCAGCCAGCAAGCAAGCCCAAGAUCGCAAGCAAGCCAGCCAGCCUAGACCAGCCCAUCUCUAAUAUUGUACAAUACGUGAUUGAUGCCCCUGUUGUUGUUUGGUUGUACAAACUGGGCUUGUUUAACACUUGUUUGUCAUUGCCGCCCUCGACAGUGUGUACCAACAACACU